GAUGCAAGAGGCGAGCGCGGCGGUCGCAGGCAACGGCCGGCGGUGUCCCUGAGCCCCGCUGCUCUUCUUCCGAUCACCCGUUCCGUGGCCGGCCGCAAACAUGUCGGGCGACGAGGUGAGGCUCGCCGCCGUCGGGGAGGGAGCCGAGCCCGAGGGCUGCGCUGAUUCGUGGCCCGGGCCGCCGCCAUGUGGGAGAGUGGGCCCGAGGCCUGCGGCGGCCACAGCGCGGCCUCCACCCCGGGGACGGGCCGGGGCUCGGCGGGCGGGCGGCGGGACCUCGGCCUUUCGCGGGGUCCUCGGGGCCUCUCCUCGCGGUGCGGCCCCGCAGCUCCCCGAGCCGUGCUCGUAUCCCGCACAGCAGGGCCGGGGGGAGAAGGAGACGUGCCGGCAUCGCGUCCUCGGGGCGCCUCGUGCUCCUUUGGCGAUAGCGUUUCGCUUCAAUAUUUACCUCUUUUUGGAACCUUAAUAUCUCGUCUUUCAUUCCUGGCAGCUCCAUAGAUGCACCUUAACACAUGGUUGCCCAAAUGCAGUGGUUUUUGCUUGGGCACGCUUUCAGGGAAGUGGGUGCAGCCGUCUCCGAGAAGUCUUUCAAAUGUUAUAGCUGGAGCCAUUGAUAACCUCGUUUCAGUCUCUCUCACGGGAAAAGGAAAGCUUUCCAUAUGUGAGGCUGUGAGCAUCCUGAUGGAAGACAUGGCCAGUGGGGAACUGCGCUGACCGAAUCCAUGAGACAGCUGCUUUUGCUCAUUUUUCUUUGGUGUUGGUUAAAAUGUCUGUGGCUCAUUUCUGAGCAAAGCAUGCUCACUCUAACCUUGGAGACGGACAACUCACAACUUCUCUGAUGUAACAAACAAGUAGUGUAAUUACAAGUUACUUUAAUGGUAGCUAAGACUGGUUUUUCAGCGGCUGUGAAUGAAUAUCCAGCAUUUUUGUGUCUAAUUGUGUGCUGACAUGAAGACAAUGCUGUGAUUCCAGAAAUUAGGACCAUUACAUCGGAUGCUUUCCAUCUCAAGUGCAUUUGUUCUGAUGCUAAGGUGAGAUCAGGAAUAUCUAGUGUAGUUAAGUUGUAUCUCUGGUUUGCAUUAUCAUGCAGACUGUCAGAAUGAAAGUGGUACUAGGUAGCUGAGCCGGAUAUCUGAAUUCUGGAUAGUGUGUUUGAUAGUGAGUGCAGCCUUAACUUAUAGAAUCACCAAGGUUGGAAAAGACCCACAGGAUCACCCAGUCCAACCAUCCACCCAAGCUUCUCUGUAUCUGGCUACUAGAAACCUGGUCACCUGUUAUUGGUAAGGUUUUAAGGUGAUACUUGUGUUUUGUUUUUUAAAGCUGCCAAGGAAGAAGAUACGUGAAUCUUAAAGGACAGAUCUGUAGUGUAGAUGUUAUAAUGUCUGGUUUGCAUCACAGAGUUCUUCCAAGUACGGACAGUUGCACUGCACCACAGCUUGAAAUGUUCAGACCAUUACAGCAGAGAAACUACCUGGUAGAACCAGCUCUUGUCUGAGUGCUGCCCAGGAGUGUGGCACAGCAGGGGCAGCACAUGUCCUGCUUGUGAGGAGCAGAAUUCUAAACCCGCAAGUGAUGAGCGGUCUGUUAACCUCUAGUUAUUAAAAAUCCUAUUAUGUAUCUAAAAUCCAACUAGAUGAUAACUGAAAGGUUUUCUUUGUUCUGAGCAACUGGAGGGUUUAGGUGUUGAUUAGUUGUAAAUAACUUAGAAUUCUAUUGCAGAGAGCAGUGCAGUGUAGGGAUACCUAUACUGACUUGCACAGUGUGGUGUUGGUCUGUGUUUGGUGGACAUGCCUAUGUUUAUUCAGACUGAUGAAAUGAGAUUGUGACCUCUGGUAGAAUCCCUAGCAAGUGCCACUAUUGCAGCAAUUUUGGGUGAUGGGUUUCUGUUUGGGGAACUGAACUUGAAGCUCUAAUUUUAUAUCAUCUCAUCCUCAUCUUUUACUCACUUGAUUUCUGUAAGCCGGGAUUUUGACUGUGUGGACCUUUGAAAUAGAGGGAGUGGAUAUAUGGAAUUGUGUGUGAGAAAGAACUGUGGCCUACAGAAGAGGAAAAUCCAUAUGGGAAUUUGGCUCUGAGAGCUGAAACAGGAUGGCAAUUUCUCAUUUAUAUGUAGUAAAAGCAUAGGCUUUGUUGUAUUUAGCCUGAAGGCUACACUCUCUUCAGUAUGCCUACAACUUGUCCAGUACUUCUUAUGCUUAGAUGGUGUCAUAAUGCUAUGAUCAAUCAAAUGUACUGAAUAGAGAGAAAGUAUGGAGAAAUUCCUGAAGUUUGUAGCCCAGGAAGACCAAAUGCAGAGCAGCUUGGUUAGCAGGUUGGUUACUUCAUAUCGUGUUUUUUGUUUUAAGUCGUGUGACCUGAGAGUCCUGCUUAGUUCUUACGUAAGUUCUUGAUGAUCAAAAAUAGUCCAGGCACGGAUGUCCUUCUCAGGAUGUCCAGCUCCUGUAUUCAGUUUCCUCAGAGCAGUUAGCCUGGUGUGACCAGGCUGAAGGGUGCAGGAGUUGGCUCUGCCUGCCUGGCUGGGGAUGGUGUCCCUGUAGAGCCAAGUGGACUGUUGGAGCCAUGCACCUCUGCAGAAGACCAGUUGAAGAGCCAUGCACCUCUACUAAAAAGAUUUUUUUCAGCAUUAAAACCGUCUCCAGAGUCUAAAAGCUGUCCUUAGUUCAGUGUAAUACUGAAGAUGUACUCAACUCUCUUAUGGAGACAAGAUAUGCCCUACAGCAGUUCAGGAUGAGAGGUGUCUUUUUUCCUUAGGAAAGGGAAGAGUGAUUUGCUCUGUGUGGAGUGAUUCCUCCUUUGCAAUUACACUUGAUCUAAUCAUCUUAUUCCUGCAGCUUUGUGCAAAAGAUCUAGAAGAUAAGUCUGCGGAGUCUGUCAAAGUUGCAGCAUUCAGAGGAGUCUUGAUCUUGAAACUGGUGUUGGCUUGGUUGUUCCCAAGGCUGUACACCCUUGCCUAUGCAGGCAGCUUUCCUGUGUCAGCAGCCUGAGAGGUUACAAGAGGAAGGCAGCAAACAGUGUAAGCAGUUGUGCACAUUUUUUGAGCGCUCCGCCCUGUGGGAGCAUGAUUCAUACAUGUGCCUGAGAGGGAAGGCAGCCAAUGGGACUUUAGAAAGCCAUUCUAAGCACGCUGUGUACAACUAAAGGCACACUGCAGCAGAAGACUCAGGCUUCUGUGGGCAUUUAUGUGGGUGUUGUGUACAGCAUCUCAGUCUCAGUUCAGAGCCUUUAUGAAAUGUAUCUUCGAUGGACAAUCAGAAGAAUAUCACAAGAGCAUCACAUGUAGGAGAAUGAAAAGUACAAGGAAAAGAUUGCUGUAUGGAAAGAAAACCUUUGAAGACGUAACGAACAAGAAAUGAUUUUCGAUCCUACUAUGAGCAAGAAGAAGAAGAGGAAGAAGAAGCCGUUCAUGUUGGAUGAGGAAGGAGCAGAUACACAAACAGAAGAGACUCAGCAGUCAGAAACAAAAGAAGUUGAACCAGAGCCAACAGAAGACAAAGAUGUUGAAGCAGAUGAAGAAGACAGCAGGAAGAAAGAUGCAACAGAUGACUUGGAUGAUUUGAACUUCUUCAAUCAGAAGAAAAAGAAGAAGAAGCCAAAGAAGAUAUUUGAUAUAGAUGAAGCAGAAGAAGGUGUAAAGGAAUUAAAAAUUGAGGGAGAUGCACCAGAGGUGGUAGAACCUGAAGAUGACCUUGACAUUAUGCUGGGCAAUAAGAAGAAGAAGAAAAAGUUUGUGAAGUUUCCAGAUGAAGAUGAAAUAUUGGAAAAGGAUGAAGCUUUUGAGGAUGAAGAUAGCAAAAAAGAUGAUGGAAUUUCUUUUAGCCUUCAGUCAGGACCUGCGUGGGCAGGCUCAGAAAGGGACUAUACAUAUGAUGAGUUGCUCAAUAGAGUAUUUAACAUCAUGCGGGAAAAAAACCCAGAUAUGGUAGCUGGAGAAAAACGGAAAUUUGUCAUGAAGCCUCCGCAGGUGGUGAGGGUAGGGACCAAGAAAACAUCUUUUGUCAACUUUACAGAUAUCUGCAAAUUAUUACAUCGUCAGCCAAAACAUCUCCUGGCAUUUUUGUUGGCAGAAUUGGGUACAAGUGGCUCCAUAGAUGGUAACAACCAGCUUGUAAUCAAAGGAAGAUUUCAGCAAAAACAGAUAGAAAAUGUCUUGAGAAGAUAUAUCAAGGAGUAUGUCACCUGUCAUACGUGUCGGUCACCAGACACGAUUCUACAGAAGGACACCAGGUUAUAUUUCUUGCAGUGUGAGACUUGCCACUCUCGCUGCUCCGUCGCCAGCAUCAAAACUGGUUUCCAGGCUGUCACAGGCAAGAGAGCACAGCUCCGUGCCAAAGCUAACUAGUUUGCUAAUCAACACUGGAUUUUGCAAAGUGUUCUGGGGAGAUAUGACUGGACAGGUUUGCAAUCGGAAUGGAUUUACUUACCAUUGUAUUAAAACAAGAUUGUAAAAACUACAAGAAAUUUGGCUUUUGAUUGGUCUGUGAAAUCCUUGCAAGUUGCAGAUCCUCAAGCUGUUCACAUACAUUUGCUCAUUGAAUAUAUUUUACCAACUGUAAGGAACGUGAUGGGAAAGGAGGUGCUUUUUAAUCCAUUCAGACUUCUGUAAAACACGAGAUAAAUUAAAGAUACUGUAACAGUGAGCGUCCUUGAUUUGGGUUUUUCCUUUAGUUUCUGCUUUAAACAGUUCCUGGGAAUGGCUGGUGUUCUGUUUUGCAGAUCAUGUCACUGAACUGUGCCCGAGACUUAGACUGAAGUUUAGGAUUAUUUCAGUUUUAUGUAAUCAGUUGAUCUUUAGGUAGGCUUUCAUUAAGCGGAGAGAUGGGUCACAGAACAGAGGUGAUGUACCAACAUAAGAACUGGUUGUGCUUUUAUAGCCACUUAAGAAUGGGAACAUAUUGGUCACAGGCAAUAACGUCAGGACAGGUUUAUACUGUUUUAUUAGGCAGUCUGUAGCUUGAGCUAGUUCAAACACCAUAUUGAUGCUGAGUCUUAACACAGAGUUGAUAAGCUAUUAUAAGCUUUCAUAGUAUCAUAGUACUAAAUUUUGCAAUUUCUAAUAGAGAAAUGUUUAUAUUAAGUCCUGCACUCUUCAUCACUUUAAAAAGAGUAUUUAAAUGCAGCAAAAAUAGAAAAGUAGGUGACAUCGUUAUAUGAUGGCUGCAACACACUUCUGGAUAAAUCUUGAAUUUACGGAACGUACUGCCAAGGAGUUUAUAUUCCAAAUUAACACAGUGUCACCUCUUGGUUAUAAGACAUGUACUUCUCUCCACUAGCAGCCAGUAUCAGUAAUCUUUGCAGGAUGCACACAGUGCUACCCUAACUUGUUUUUUCUAGUGCUGCCGAAAUUUUCUUACAGUUGCCAAGUACAAAGAUGCAAAUGGAGGGUGAGCCAUUUGUGAGUACUGUAUUGGGGGGGGGGGGGGGGGGGAUGGGAAAUAAAUAGAAGUCGUGUUCACUUAACCCAUCUAUAAAAUGGUGCAGAGUCAGGUUGAGGUGCAAUAGCUCAGGACUAUUGGCUUGCAUCCCUGCGGUUUAGCAGAGUUGCUUCCUCCUUUGGGAAAACUGGUGAUUGUGAACACAAACUAUCAGAAACUGAAGGGUUUCUACUAAGUUUUAAUCUUUGUACGUAUGUUAAUGCACAACACAGUUUUGCUGGGAAGUCACUUACUUGCUAUUUGAAAACUUGACAGCACUGUAAGGCAAAAAUCAAGAUUUUUAUAGUUGGUUUCUUAAAAGCAUUAUGAAUUCCAAGUGAGCUAUAACAAAUGUUGGAUGUAUCUUUAAGUGAAUAAAGCCAGGAUCAGUGCCUCUUGUAA